UACCUGAAUGACCUGGAGAGGAUAGCCAAAGCAGACUACAUCCCCACACAGCAGGACGUGCUGCGGACCAGAGUGAAGACCACCGGCAUCGUUGAGACACACUUCACCUUCAAAGACCUGCACUUUAAGUAAGUGGACCACUGACUUUCCUAGUGUGUGUGUGUGUGUGUGCGCGCGCCAGUGCACUAGUUCCCCAUUGUGAAUCAAAGGUUCCUCCUUUAUAUUCUGAUAUGUAUUGUUCCAGCAGAAAGCACUGCUUUAAUUUAUGUCUGUUGUUGAUAGUGAAUGUGAAAUGGGUAGCCUAAUCCUUUCUCAUAAGUUAGCAUCAGGAUGUGGUUCAUUUUGAAACCACUGCCCGCACCAUUGCCCAAACACAAAGGAACCUCUGUUUCUUUCCUCUCUGUCUUUCUUCUUCACUCCAAGACACCAUCUUGUCUGGUUGUUACUUUGAAAAGGCCAUUUCCAGCUGACUGACUUGGUCUGGUUCUCUCUCUGUGUGUGUGUGUGUGUGUGUGUGUGUGUGUGUAUGGUGGGGAAGUGGUGUGAAAAAGUGUUGAUGGACUGGCCUGUUGCGUGGCUAUUUGCAGGCUGGUUUAUGUGUUCAAUGGCAGUGGCUUCAGAAAUCUCUGAUCAUUUGAAUGUGGGAAUUGGAUCCAUUCCUCCAUUACCCUUUUAUCCUGGGUAACAGAACAAUUUCUCAGUCAUCUAUCUAUCCAUGUAUUAAUUGUAAACUACUGAGGAAGUUCCAGGUUAAAUGUCAAUACCACCACCACAACCACCUUUACACAUCAAAUGGAAUAGAGGUGUUCAAAUGGAGUCAGCAUACACUUCCAUUUAGUGUUUUGAAGGAAUCUCCAGUUGCAAGGUACAGUUGAAGUCGGAAGUUUACAUACGGAAGUUUACAUCUUAUAAGAAAUCCCGCUAUGACCUCCGACGAACCAUCAAACAGGCAAAGAGUCAAUACAGGUCUAAGAUUGAAUCAUACUACACUGGCUCUGACGCUCGUCGGAUGUGGCAGGGCUUGAAAACUAUUACAGACUACAAAGGGAAGCACAGCCGCGAGCUGCCCAGUGACACAAGCCUACCAGACGAGCUAAACCACUUCUAUGCUCGCUUCGAGGCAAGCAACACUGAAGCAUGCAUGAGAGCACCAGCUGUUCCGGAUGACUAUGUGAUCACGCUCUCCGUAGCCGAUGUGAGUAAGACUUUUAAGCAGGUCAACAUUCACAAGGCCGCAGGGCCAGACGGAUUACCAGGACGUGUACUCCGAGCAUGUGCUGACCAACUGGCAAGUGUCUUCACUGACAUUUUCACGGUUGGGAUGGUGUUCUUCGGCUUGCAAGGCCCCCCUUUUUCCUCCAAACAUAACGAUGGUCAUUAUGGCCAAACAGUUAUAUUUUUGUUUCAUCAGACCAGAGGACAUUUCUCCAAAAAGUACGAUCUUUGUCCCCAUGUGCAGUUGCAAACCAUAGUCUGGCUUUUUUAUGGUGGUUUUGGAGCAGUAGCUUCUUCCUUGCUGAGCGGCCUUUCAGGUUAUGUCGAUAUAGGACUCGUUUUACUGUGGAUAUAGAUACUUUUGUACCUGUUUCCUCCAGCAUCUUCACAAGGUCCUUUGCUGUUGUUCUGGGAUUAAUUUGCACUUUUCGCACCAAAGUAGGUUCAUCUCUAGGAGACAGAACGCGUCUCCUUCCUGAGUGGUAUGAUGGCUGCGUGGUCCCAUGGUGUUUAUACUUGCGUACUAUUGUUUGAACAGAUGAACAUGGUACCUUCAGGCGUUUGGAAAUUGCUCCCAAGGAUGAACCAGACUUGUGGAGGUCUAACAUUUUCUUUCUGAGGUCUUGGCUGAUUUCUUUAGAUUUUCCCAUGAUGUCAAGAAAAGAGGCACGGAGUUUGAAGGCAGGCCUUGAAAUACAUCCACGGGUACACCUCCAAUUGACUCAAAUGAUGUAAAUUUGCCUAUCAGAAGCUUCUAAAGCCAUGACAUCAUUUUCUGGAAUUUUCCAAGCUGUUUAAAGGCACAGUCAACUUAGUGUAUGUAAACUUCUGACCCACUGGAAUUGUGAUACAGUGAAUUAUAAGUGAAUUAAUCUGUCUGUAAACAAUUGUUGGAAAAAUUACUUGUGUCAUGCACAAAGUAGAUGUCCUAACCGACUUGCCAAAACUAUAGUUUGUUCAAAAGAAAUGUGUGUAGUGGUUGAAAAACAAGUUUUAAUGACUCCAACCUAAGUGUAUGUAAACUUCCGACUUCAACUGUAUCUAUUAGACUUUUGUCAUUAUUAGAGGUUUGUUUGUGUGUGCGUGUAUACUCGAUAUACACACACACAACCCCAAACAAAAGUAACAUGCCCUGCAGCAGUGUUAGCUAGUGUUUAGCUGGGCUGAUCGAAUCAGGCUACAGUGAGUGAUAUUAGAGCUGACUAGAGCCCUGUUGAGGUGAGCGCUACUCAUUACAGCCCUGAACAUUACAGCCCUGUGUUGGCAGGCUUACACAGCCUAUCAACACAUAGCAUAGCAGCACUCCAUUACAUACGAAAUUCAUCCAAAUAUCAGCAGAAUUUCUAGCAGGGCUCACAGUACAAAACAUUCCAACAAAAUGCCAGGGUCUGUGCAGCGAAGGUUUUUGCCCAGUGGAGACAGUCUGCCUCGCUCUCUCUCCAUCUCUCUCGAACUGCAGUGCACAUAGCGAGAUGUCCCCAGAGGAAGGCUAGCUGCUAUGAGUACAGAGAGACCCUCAGGCCUCCCUUCUCCUCUGGGCCAGCCUGGUUUGAUGGAGUGUGGGGGCUCCCCCAGGAAUGUCACAUCAUCAUGGUGCUUCCCUCUCAGUGGUGUAAUUAUGGAUCCCAAUACAGAGGACAUGAAUGGCCCUGCAGAAAACCUCCCCUCCUGUGUUUCCAGAUCCAAAUAGACUGGAUAAGUGUAAACAACAUUGGGGAAAUCCCGUAAGCCCAUGAAAAUCUGUGCAGCCAGCACCAUAUUGUUUACACCUAUCCACUUCACAAUCUGCACACAUCAAAGAGAUACAGGGUUAGACUAACAGCAGUAAAAGGGUGACCCUCACUUGCUGCUUGUGUCCCUGCAGGAUGUUUGACGUGGGCGGUCAGCGUUCCGAGAGGAAGAAAUGGAUCCACUGCUUUGAGGGAGUCACAGCCAUCAUCUUCUGUGUGGCCAUGAGUGCCUAUGAUCUGGUGCUGGCUGAGGAUGAGGAGAUGGUGAGGAGGCAGAAGACUGUUUUAAGUACCACUGACGGGAUCUCUCUUAUCCCUUUAAUGCAGUUUUAUUUCUAAAGGAAAUUACUUCACAUUCAUUUUGAGUUGUCUGGAUCAACUGGAAUUAAAUUAUGUUCUCUGUUUUCAUUUCCUCUCUCCCCAUAGAACCGUAUGCACGAGAGCAUGAAGCUGUUUGACUCCAUCUGCAACAAUAAGUGGUUCACAGAGACCUCCAUCAUCCUGUUCCUCAACAAGAAGGAUCUGUUUGAGGAUAAGAUCACCCACAGCCCCCUGACCAUCUGCUUCCCAGAGUACUCUGGUAAGACCACAACACAACUUGGAAUCCCCUGAAUGUUCCAUGUUCUCUUGUAGUUGGCAGUGCUUUAUGUUGAAAUUCUCAUGUCAGGCUAAGAGGUGUCGUUUUUACCAGUAGAAGGAAUCUAGUGGCAAGAUGUGUAGCUCAAUAACCCCAUGAAUCCCAUCAGUAGAGCAGAUCAACUUCUCCACCUGAUACUAGAUUUCUCCUGUCGCGUACAGAAUCGGUAGCACAACCAUUGUAAUUCUAUGGGCCUCCUCUCCUAUGCCCAGGUCCCAACACAUUUGAGGAGGCGCAGGCCUACAUCCAGACCAAGUUUGAGGACCUGAACAAGAAGAAGGACACCAAGGAGAUCUACAGCCACUUCACUCAAGCCACCGACACCAAGAACGUUCAGUUUGUCUUCGACGCCGUCACCGACGUCAUCAUCAAGAACAACCUGAAGGACUGUGGUCUCUUC